GCGCUUUCUGGCAAGGGGGUGGGGAAAGAGCGGCGGAAAUUGCGUCAGCGCGUGAGAGGGGGCGGAGCCAAGAGUAGUGAGGCCGGGCAGAAGCCGGUUGGGCGCCUGAGGUGACGGUCGAAGCGUGUGGAGCUCCGUUAAAGAGGUAACAUGGCAUCUGAUUCGCAGAACCCCCUUGCUGGCUAUGAGCCAGAGGAGACGGAAGGCUCAAAACUGAUGAGAAAAUCCCGGGAGUCUCCAUUUGUCCCGGUUGGCAUUGCAGGGUUUGCCGCAGUGGUGGCCUAUGGGCUGUACAAGCUGAAACACCGAGGGGACACCAAGAUGUCCAUCCACUUGAUCCACAUGCGAGUGGCGGCGCAGGGCUUCAUCGUUGGCGCCAUGACGUGUGGUGUGCUGUACUCCAUGUAUCGGGAAUACUGGGCCAAGCCCAAGCCCUAGGACGGGGCCGGUGGGAGCCCGCGUGUGCUGACGUUCUUAUGUACUCUAGAUUUAGGCCUCACACGGAAGCGGUGCUGCAAUGAAUUCUUGGUACAUCUCACGCAUGGUGUCCACCUGUGUGCUGCCAGUGUUACCCUUGAUUAUUAUUUUUCCCUCAGUCUUGGGGAAGACUGUCAUUCGACAUUUUACAGAUCAAAACUCCUUUUUCACCGUACCGACGUGGCACUGGGCCGUUAGGUGACUUCGAGGCGCACGGAUUCCACGCUCACGGGACUUGUUCCUGUCAAUUGUGGUUGAGCGGGGAAGGGGGAAAUUGGGGAAAGAGAGCCUUUCGGUCACUCUGGGUUUCUUUAAAUUCACAUAUAGAACAAAUAACUCUGUAAUAUUUAAUAUUGGAGAGAUGAGCCUUAAAUAGAGCGGAUUAAACUAUAUUUUAAAGUCUUUUAUUUAUUAAAUAUGGAAGCUUUAUAACUUGUACAGCUGGGAGCGGCAUGGCAGUUUGCACAGUUCUGGGAUGCAUUUGGUCCCAUUUAUAGCAAAGGGCUUAUGUGUUGUUGCACUUAUGUGUGCUGUAGAAGGCCUGUCCUUUCAGGUUGUGACCUAGGCAUGGGCAAACUUUGGCUUCUAACAUUGGCUUCUGUAGUCUAACAGACACAAGCCUCAACUGGCUUCUAGCUUCUAACAUUGGCUUCUGUAGUCUAACAGACACAAGCCUCAACUGGCUUCUAGCUUCUAACAUUGGCUUCUGUAGUCUAACAGACACAAGCCUCAACUGGCUUCUAGCUUCUAACAUUGGCUUCUGUAGUCUAACAGACACAAGCCUCAACUGGCUUCUAGCUUCUAACAUUGGUUUCUGUAGUCUUAACAGACACAAGCCUCAACUGACUUUUGUCAUCCUUUUAAAACAACAUUCUAAACCAGGCAUGGGCAAACUUUGGCCCUUUCUCCAAGUGUUAUGGACCUCAACUCCCAGCAUUCCUGACAGCCUCAGGUCUGAGGCUGUCAGGAAUGCUGGGAGUUGAAGUCCAUAACACCUGGAGGGCCCGAGUUUGCCCUUGCCUGAUUUAGAAUGUUCAGUUUUAAAAGGAUGACUUUGUUGAGGCUUGUGUCUGUUAGACGAAGCUAGAAGUCAGUUGAGGCUUGUGUCUGUUAGACAAAGCUAGAAGUCAGUUGAGGCUUGUGUCUGUCAGACGAAGCUAGAAGUCAGUUGAGGCUUGUGUCUGUCAGACGAAGCUAGAAGUCAGUUGAGGCUUGUGUCUGUCAGACGAAGCUAGAAGUCAGUUGAGGCUUGUGUCUGUUAAACGAAGCUAGAAGUCAGUUGAGGCUUGUGUCUGUUAGACGAAGCUAGAAGUCAGCUUAAGUGGCGGAGGGGGGAAAGGAAAGGCCUGAGGCUGCGAGGAAUGGUGGGAGUCGGAGUCCAAAACACCUGGAGAGAGGGCCAAAGUUUGCCCAUGCCUGGUGUAACUUGUUAGUAUCAUACUGUGUAGGCAUACAACCAUGAGUGCAGUGGAAUUCAAAGUCAGGGCUUUCUUUCGGGCACGUUCCCUCAGCUUUCAUCGUGGUGUCCUGGGCCUUGCAAAUCCGUGCUGUAUACAUCUAAUCCAAUGACUUCUGGUUUUAUUAAACUCAUGUGUACAUAAGAACA